AUGGAGUCAGACCAAGCCAAAAUACAUAACGAAAACGGCCAAGACGGUGUUGCUGUUGCGACCCCCCAACAUAGGGCCCCGUCAAACAACCGACAUGUGCGUUUCCCUGAGGACGAUUCAAUUAUCCUCGGCUGUCUGGAGCCCUUUCAUCCAACUCCCGACAAUUGCACAAGUGAUGAACUAAUUGCUGCCUACAUCGCUUCAUGUAAACUCUACAAGACGCCUACUGUGGAUUUUCUGCUGGAACAACUGAGGGGAAUCGAUCUUUCCAUUUGCAAUGAGCGCUAUAGUCGACUCUACCUACGGGGUAUAAAACUCACUCGCUUUCAAAUUGAGACCCUUGAGGAGGUGUUUCGAAGGGUCCACUUUCAGGAGGUUGAUCUGGAGGACACUUUUCUCGACGAAGCCUCGGCUACAGCAUUGUUUGAUAUGAUGCUGCACUACGAGACUUGCGUGGAUCUGUCCAUUUCUUUAAACCUGGAAAAAGUUGGUCCCAGCAUCGCUUGGCCCCGGUGUAUAACGUAUCUCCGCAAGUCCGCCGCCCUGCAGGGCUUCAAAUUAUCGCACACACCACUUGCAACAAACCUUUUCAGUGGACUCUCGCUCUCAGGUCUUUCACUAAAGAGCCUCACCUUCCGUGACUGUGCUCUUACUGGUCCCCCGCUGCACUGUCUCCUCCGUCUGCUGCGAUACCUCAUGACCUACACCGGCAGUAGCAGUGACAGUGGUCCGUCUAAAGCCUCCGCUGGCGCCAAUGGAAGUCGCUACCCGCGGCCUUCCUACCGCGGACCCAUGGCCCCGAUGCCGUGGGGUCUGAGCCUGCAUCUGCCCGAGAAUCGGAUCCACGGGAUCGAUGCAGAGAGUCUCCUGCUUCUUGUCCGCCACCAACUUGUUCUUCUUCCGGGUCCGCCUACCCCACCUACUUCCGUUGACUCGACCACCGCCUCUGCAUGUAUCAAUAGACCCACUGGCGGCUCAGGUUACCUAGAGGAGCUCGAUUUGUCCCAUAACUCCCUCAGAGACGAGGGCGUGCAGGUAUUGUGCUCUGGUCUACUUCAAGCCUACGAACUGCAACGUCGUCGUUUGGAUGUCGCCCUAGCAGCAAUCGCCCAAGCCACCUCCACCUCUGGUGCCUCUCUCACCACUCCUGCCAUGCUACCGCCUAAGUAUGCACUGCCACAGGCACGUGGACUGCAGCGCCUCAACUUGGCGGACAACGGGCUUGGUGGUGGAAGAGCAGGGCGCCACUUGGCAGCAGUAUUGAGUUGCUCUACCGAGCGUCUUGCACCCCUCCUCGGCGGACUUACCUAUCUUGAUCUCAGCGACAACCCGAGCUUUGGGAACGUCGGUAUGAUCGAUCUCUGCGACGGACUCGUUCGCAACUUCACUCUUCGUGAACUGUAUCUGCGCAAUGUGCGCAUCGAAUUUGAUGGCGUAUUCGCUCUUUCUGGAUACAUUGGCGAAACAAAAUCUCUUGUUCACCUGGACAUUCGGCAAAACACCGUUGACAUAGCUGGAAUGAUGGCGCUGACACGGACCCUCAAGAUCAACGGCUCCCUCACUGCCCUCCUUCUGGACGCCCGUCGUCACACCUCACCCUUGAAUGAGGACUGCGACAUGGCGCAAAUUCUUCUUCAAGAGCUAGAUGAAUACCUUCGCAGGAACCGCAACAGUCAAGUCGCACCGCCAAGUGUCACGCUUUCAGUAGAGUGCGAAACCUUCUCUCCAAAGGUUCAAACUGCCAUUGAGCGUGUGUCCUACUACACGCGUGCCUUGAGGAUAUGA